AAUUCAGUUUUAUUUUGGAACGUGACUGUCACUGAUCCCAUAAGCUCCAUGGAGAUAUCCCGGCGCUAAUCUGAAAGCUCUGCUACUUGAUGUUCUCUCUAGUGUUUUUGUCUCUCUCUCUCUCAAUGAACGGGGAACAGAUUUCUCUCUCCUUGUCCCCGCCGCCUAUCUGAAGUUGGAGUAGGGCUGCUGUGCGUCUCGUGCCGCGCCGGGUCUCCCCUCUGCUAGAGUGCGUUUUUCCAUCCGCACUUCCCACUUCCUUUCCUUGUCUCAUUCGAUUACUUUGGCUGGCUUGUUUGUUGUCGGGGGUAACACUCUCGCCGAGGACGAUGGCCGAAUGCUUGCAGCUCUCUCUAGCCCUCUGUAGGAUUGGCUUCUAUACGUGUUUCCGAACGCUGUGCUGCAAAGGACCGCCCCCGCCGAGGCCGGAGUACGACGUGGUGUGCAUCGGACUGACGGGCGCCGGCAAGACCAGCCUCCUCUCCCGCCUGUGCAGCGAAGUCACGAACUGCGUCAUACCCACCACAGGUUUUAGCAUCAAAGCUGUACCAUUCCAGAAUGCCAUCCUGAAUGUAAAGGAACUUGGAGGGGCCGACAGCAUCAAGAAAUACUGGAGCCGCUACUACCAGGGGUCCCAGGGCGUGGUUUUCGUCCUGGACAGUGCAUCUUCGGAAGAGGACCUAGAAGUGGCCCGUGCAGAACUCCACUCGGCCCUGCAGCACCCCCAGCUCUGCACGCUCCCCUUCCUAAUACUGGCCAACCACCAGGACAAGCCGGCUGCACGCUCGGUCCAGGAGAUAAAAAAGUAUUUUGAGCUGGAGCCACUGGCCCGGGGUAAAAUAUGGCUUCUUGCAGGCAGCACUGUGGACAACAUGGACGCCGUAAAGGAGAGUUUCAGCCAGCUGAUCGGCCUUCUAGAGGAGAAGGAGACAGAUCCGGGACGGAUAUGAGGUGAUUCUCCUGAAGGACAAUAAAGAACAUUGACCCCCCGCUCCCACCCCCUGUCUGGACUAAUUACAAUUAAAUAAAUGCUGGCUCUCUUCGUUGGUUGCAUUUAUAUGGAUGAGGGCAUUUUUGUCUUAAAGCCAUCUUCACCAAACAAGAAAAACAGAACGGCAAAAGCUGCUUCUCUAUGGACAAGCAAAUAUCAAGUGCAGCUCACGACUUCAUCUAGAACCAAAUGAAUGACAUUCCUAAAAAAGUGUUAAGUGUUAUGUAACUUCUGCGAACUUCUGCACUCAUAAAAACACGUUUUGUUUUCCCUUGUGCCAUUUUAGUGAAACAACGUGGCUGAACUAAAAUGUGAGACGUUCAUGGGCUCUUUGUUAUGUUGAUAAAUACUGUAGGUAUGCAGUUUGUAAGUCUAUUGCACAGUGCUACUGAGUACAUAACAUUGUAUAUCAAAGCAUAUAAUAUUGGUGCAUACUGUGAGUUGAAUGGAAAGCAUGGCUGUUGAGUGUCAGUAAUUUUGGGGGAAUGUUUUAGUGUUACAAGUACGUAGUGUUAAGCCUUAUGUCAUUUACAAACAUGAAGAAAAAGAGUAUUGAAAAAUGUUGUUACAAAUGCCGAUGGUCUUGCUCUGAACUACUAUACAAAGAAGAAACACAUGCACCAAAAAGCACCUAGCAUUACAGUACAUGCUUGGGUGUGAGGGCGGGGAUCGUAAAAGAACACCAGUGGAGCAAUAUUUAGGCAAGACAGGUCAUCAAAGUGCAUGUUGCUGCAGAGCACGAAUGAUAAAGCUAUUCACAUCUAAAAAUGAAUUCCUGAAAACAGUCGAUAAUAAAAAUGGAUUUUAAAAAUUAUGAUUGUUUUUUUUUAAAACCGAUAAUAUCAUCCCCAUGUUCUUCUGGGCAUUGAAUGGAAUUAGCUGGAACUGUCUGUCGAUAGUCUGCUGUGUGAUUGAAUAGUUUUUUCAUGAAACGAGGUAGGGGAAGCUCGGUAUAGCUGUUAAGUGUCUUACUGUGAAUAGAACAAAUAAAAAAUAAUGAAGUCCAAAUAAAUGCCUUACAUUAACUUGAGGCUGUAUAUCCACAAAAAAAUAAGGAAUUUUCUCAUUAAAUAUAUAACUGCAAGCGCACAGCAUUGUGAAGAAUUUUGGCACAGUUGCUCAGAAUGUGACCUUUUGUCAUGUCCAGAAUUUGAUUGAGAUCCUUUUUUGCUGUCAUGGUUGUUGGUGUUGCUGCUUUUGAAUUUGAAACGCCCUCAAACGCACCACAGUCUGAGGCAUUUCACUACUGGGUGGAAGACAAACACUAUCAAUCAGUGGCCACGACAGCUGUCCCUGACAAGUCCCCAUCUGACGCUAUCAUGCUUUCCAACUGUCGGAGAGGUCCCCUCCCUGUCUGACACCUCUGCCCACCGCCACCCAGCUCCCUUUGCCCGCACUGCUGGCGAAAAUUCAACUGUUGCCACUUCAUUUUGACUCUGUGUUUCAGAAUGUUUUGCGUAACUUCCUGCAAAUGUAACAUUUUGACUGUGUUUCAGAAUGUUUCGCGUAACAUCCUACAAAUGUAACAUUUUGACUGUUUUAGAAUAUUUUGCGUAACGUCCUGCAAAUGUAACAUUUUGAUUGCAUUUCAUAAUGUUUUGAGUAAGUUCUUGCCAAUGUAACAUUUUGAUUGCAUUUCAUAAUGUUUUGAGUAACUUCUUGCCAAUGUAACAUUUUGACUCCAACAUUUUGUGUUUCAGAAUGUUUUACGUGCCACAAGUGUCUCCGAACGCUUCUGUACAGAAAAAUGUUCAGCAAUUCCUUAAUUCUUCCCCUUACCCACUUUUUAGAGGAUGCUCGUCGUACUUUGUCAUAUUUAUAGGAUCUACCACAUUUUAUAUCCUGUUAGCCAAUUCAGCUGCCUUUUUAUAAUUCAUUUAUAAUAUUGAGAAAUUUGUACAUUUGUUACAGAUUGUCAUUUUAGUUUAAAUGGUAUGCAUUUGUGCGUGUAUUAGGAGGGGAAAUGUAUUCUAAAUUCAGCAAUUUACCUAAAUUAUUUGGUAACUACCAGUCAGUUACAAGUUUUGUGUAUAUGUGUGAUCAAUACAUGCUGUUCACCAUCCCUGAAUGACAAUAAAAUAUAUGUACAGA